CUUUGGCGCGAACGAGCUGUCAUUAGUGUCAAUUUAACGGUUCUCAAAUAAUCUGACUGUGUAGUUCUACUGUUGUUGUUAUAAAUAGUAAAUAUACAUGGAUAUAGUUGAAGUAGUGCGGCCAAUAAUCCUUGCUGCGAGUGCUUGCAUGCUCGCUGCGUGCGCCGUUUACUGCAGCCAGGAUGGAAACUCUCCUGGAAAGACGAAAAAAGAACGUCGCAAGAGACGGUAAGUACCUAUACAUAGUAAUCCAACAGAGAAUUUUAUUUAUUAAACAUGGAUAUUAUUUACUUUCAGAUUUUGGGUGAGGCCAAUUUACCAAAAAAAGAAAAGAGCAGGGAGACUAUCAUAAUUUGAUGGUGGAAAUGAGGCUGAACCGCUGAAAUGUUUUUUCAUUUUACCAGAAUGUCUGUUCCUCCAUUUUACGAGCUUUUGUCAAUCGUCGGCCCAUUGCUCGUCAAAAGAAGCAAUCGUGAGCCUCUCGCACCUGGUCACAGACUAACCAUCACAUUGCGAUAUCUGACUACUGGAUGUUCACAGCAGACCCUGGGAUUCUCGUUUAGAGUUGGAAAGUCCACAGUGUCUAUGGUGAUAAGUGAAACAUGUUCAGCUAUAUGGGAGGCCCUGCAUAAGAAAGUUCUAAUCGAACCAUCAACAUAUACUUGGCUUAAUAUAGCGAAGAGGUUUGAACAAAAGUGGAAUUUUCCACAUUGCAUAGGUGCACUAGAUGGAAAACAUGUACGCAUUCAAGCACCCCCUAACACAGGAAGUGUCUAUUUUAAUUACAAGCAUUUCUUCAGUAUUGUAUUACUUGCAGUGUGUGAUGAAAACUACAAAUUCAGUUUGGUAGACAUUGGUGGAAUGGGUUCCGAAAGUGAUGGGGGACUAUUUUCAAGAUCGAAAAUGGGGCGAAUGUUCGAAAAAAAUGAGAUGCUUUUGCCAAAGCCUUCGAACAUUGGCAGAGCACAGAAAUCGUUUCCGUAUUUCGUGGUCGCAGAUGAAGCAUUCCCGCUAAAACCAUUUAUAAUGAGGCCAUACCCAGGCAGAAAAUUGACUGAUUCACAGCGAAUAUUUAAUUACAGACUAUCCAGAGCUAGAAGAACUAUUGAAAACGCGUUUGGGAUUUUGGUUGCUCGUUGGAGGGUAUUUCAUACUCCCAUAUGUGCAAAACUUGAAAAUGUGGACAAUAUUGUCGCCGCUACAGUAUGUCUACAUAACCUUAUAAUGAUGUCACAGGAGAAACUUAAACCGAACGAACACAAAUAUUGUCCUCCCAAAUACGUUGACCAAAUAUUAAUGGGUUUGAAAACUUAG